ACCGACUCCCAGAUCCUGGUUCGACAAGCAACAACACCAUGCUGCUGCGCUACAUCGUCGCCGUCGCCGCCCUCCUCGCCGCGCUCACCACCGCGUCCACGAACUUGUGCGAGGACUCGGCGCCUUGCCCCAAGGGCGGGAGCCCCGUGUGCGCAACCAACGGCGUCACCUACACGAACGCUUGCGGCUUGACCAAGGCCAACUGCAUCAACGCGAGCCUUGGCCUCGCAAGCACUGGAGUGUGCACGUCGCCGAUGCACAUUUGUGCCAUGGAGUGCCCAGUCUCAUACGAUCCGCAGUGCGGUUCGAACGGCAUGACGUAUGCCAACUUGUGCGAGUUCAAGAAGGCCCACUGCGCCAACCCGACAGUGACGCUCGACCACGCCGGCCGCUGCCCCGCGCGGCAGACACUCGAGUGUCCCAGUAUCUGCACCAUGGAGUAUGCGCCCGUUUGCGGGACUGAUAGGACAACGUACAGCAACAAGUGCAAGCUCGAAGUUGCGCGCUGCCGCGGCGGGCCAAAGUCGACGCUCCGCAUCGCCCACGAGGGUCCGUGCGACGACACUGCGUCGGUCCGCCACCUCGAAGCCUGCCCGACAUCGUGCAAUGACAAGCACGCGCCCGUGUGCGGCUCGGACGGGCGCACGUACGUCAACGAAUGCAGCUUUAAGAAGAUCCACUGCGGCAACGACGACAUGCGCAUCGUCCAUCGCGGCGCCUGCGACGAUUCGCCUGCAAGUGUUGUCAUUCCGAAGGGCGAUUGCCGUGACCGCCCGUGCAACCGCAUGUUUGCUCCCGUCUGCGGCUCGGACAACAAGACGUACAACAACAUGUGCCUCUUUGAGAACGCGCAGUGCGGUAACCACGCCUUGACUCUCUUGCACCGCGGUAGCUGCGACGACCCGCCGACCAAAGAGCUCUAAGGCCCCACUAAAUACUUGUACUCAAGUGCGUUUGUCGUGCGAUGGAGCACACGCAGCGGGUUGCCUUCGACCAUGCACACUGUAAAGUCAUUGAGCGGCCUCAAAAAUGUCUGCAGGAACUCGACAAUGCCUUGGAUGGAUUGCAUACUAAAUGUGGCAUUUUGGGUC